AUGUCGGGGCAGCGGGAGGAGCGGGAGCUGCAGGGCUUCCUGCGGGACGUGGACGAAGUCGCCGCCUUGAUUGAAGGCCUGAAGUCCGAAGAUCCCGCCGUCCAGGAAAAAGCCAUGGCAGCGACGGAGAAGAGACUCCGGUCUGUUUCGGGCAAGGACGGGAAGAAGCCGAAGCCGAAAGUGGAUAGGACAGUGAUCAACACGCAGCCCUCGCCGAGCUUCCUGGUGGCUUUAGAGAAGGAUGCCCAGGAGCGAGCCAGGAGGAGGAAAGAAAACGAAGCCUCGGCAAACGCCCUGAAAGAGAAGGGGAACGACGCUUUCAGCCAAGGGGACUACGCUUCGGCUGUGCAAAACUACACGGAAGGCCUGAAGAAGCAGAAGGACAUGCCCGCCUUGUACACCAACCGAGCCCAGGCCUACAUCAAGUUGCAGAAGUACGGGAAAGCCAUUCACGACUGCAGCUGGGCUUUGAGGUGCAACGAGAAAUGCACCAAGGCUCUCUUCCACAUGGGGAAGGCGUACCUGGCCAAGAAGCACUUCCAGCAGGCCAGAGAAUGCUACCUGAAGAUUUUAGAAAUUGACCCCCAGAAGGAGAAGCUGUGCAAAGAUUGCAUCAAUGAAAUAGACCUGGAGGAGAAAAAACUCCACCAGGAGGAAAGAGCAUCGGAGGAUCUCAAGUCUGGGAAACUCACCGCCGUUGCCGUGAAUGAGAUGCUUCAGAAACUCAGCAAGCCGGACCAGGACCCUCUCUAUUACGCAGGAGGCAUUCGGCUUCUGACGGACCUGGUUCAAGCCU